CUAGCGUCAUUUCCCUUCAAAUUCCUGCCUUGGUGCCUUAAGCGAGAAAGGCCGCCCAACCGACAAACGCGACUGAGGGAUGAGCCAGAACGAGCGAUCCAUCGAACUCCCAAGAGUCCAAUUUGUCCCAAGGAUAGGAGCCGGAUCGGAGGCGAUUUCUUGUGAGGUUCUUUUGAGUUCUUUUUGUUGUUGAUACCUAUUCUUGAGGCGCGUUUGGAUUGGAGGUCUAGUGUGCUAGGGGGGAUUAUUGGCGAUUCAGCGUAUACGCGAUUUCGGUGGAAGCGCGGUUUGGGAGGAUUGAGAGGUUGACAAAGGGAGAGUGAGGUACGCGCCACGAAGGUUGGAGAAGAGUUCUACGAACGGAAAUUACUCGCUCCUGCGAUGCAGCACAGCUGAACACCCAUCCAUCGAACUGAGUCCGACACACUCUAUUCUCCGCCACACCACAUCACAAUACAGCAUCACCCACGCACCCACACACCGCCACGAUGCCCGUCAAGCGCAAACUCGAGCACUUCGACCCCAACAAAUCCGACUCCAACGACGACGACUACGAGUCCGGCCCCGAGCGCCGCACGAGCCGCAAGUCCGUCGGGCGCUCCAAAUCCAAGGGCGGCGCGAGCGCGAAGAAGAAGAAGCGCGCGAAAUACCGCGGGUCGGACGUCGAUGAUGAUGAUGACGAUCUCACGGAUGACAGUCUGCUCGACCAGAGCUUCGAUGAGGAGGAGGAGGAGCCGGAGAGGACGGAGACGGGGAGGCCGUUACGGGGGGUUGUGAAGAAGAGCGUUAAGUAUGAGGAGAGCGAGAGUGAUGUCGAGGAUGUGGGUACCAACAACGAUGAUGAGGAUGAGGAGGAGGAGGAUAUCGCCCCAAAGAAGAACAGAAGCCCGAAGAAAAUGAUGAUUACACUCAAAGUCAAGACUCCCGUGCCGAGCUCGAAGCGAACGACUCGCGCGGGCAGCGUGCGCGCGAGCGCGGAACCGACGACGGCGGCGAAUCGGCCGAGGAGGAAUACGAGGGCGCAUACGGAGGAGGUGGAUGAGGGGCUUGUGGCGCUGUCUAAUUCGGGGAGACAUGCUGUUGUGCAGGGGGAAUCGCCUACGCCUGAGACUUCAAAGGCGUUGAGGCCUAUGAGGGGCGGGAAGGGGCUUAAGAUGCCCGUGGGGGAGACGAUUUUGGAGGCCUCGCAUGAGUCUACUGUUCCUGAGGAGGGGGAGGAGGAUGCGGAGGGGGAGGCGAUGGAGGUUGAUGAAGAGACGAAGGGGGAUAUUGAGAUUGGGGAUAGUCAUGCUACGAAGGAUGAUACGCAGGCUUUUUCGGAGAAGGAUGAGGGGACGGGGGAUCUUUUGGCGGAACUUCCGGCUGCUGCUGCUGGGGAUGGGGCUAAUGAUGAGGAGGAGGAUGAUGAGGAUGAUGACUUACCGGUCUCGCGUACGCGUGUUAACCGGACGAGUGUAUCCCAGACAGCCACGAACGUCGAGCAAACCGUCGAGGAGACCGUCGAGGGCGAACCCAGUACACCACCCGGAGGCAGACGUCUCCGGAAACGCACUCAACCUCAAAAGGCUGGCCUCGAGCAGACCAGCGACUUCGAGCCCAAUGAAGAAUCCGAAGAGGAUAUCUCCGCCUCCGACGCCUCACCUCGUAAGCGCAAGGGAAGCGACAAUGACACAGAUUCCACCCCUCGUCGCGGCCGUGGCGCCCACGGUAAAUCGAAGAGCUCGCGCUCCCGCAGACGCGACGAUUCCGACGGUGACUCCGAGGCCCUUGAUGCCGACGAGCUUCUCGAGGAAGCCGCGGAGCUGAAAGCAAAUGGUCGGCGUCGGCCAAGAGCGCGUCGUGACCCGGAAAUCUUGUACGAGUCUAUGGGUCGCCGUGAGCGCAAACGCGUCGACUACACUAUCAAGCCUAUGGACCAGAUUUAUGCUGCGGAUGAGGACCUCGAGGAUGCUGCGCCUGCGCCGUCGGGGAGGAGUAAGCGCAAUACGGGCAGUCAGGCGAAAUGGGAGCGCACGCUGCAUACGACAUAUGGACCAUUUGGUGGUGGUGGUGGCCCAACUCCUGUUACAGGUCCUGGACCGUGGGGGACGGGCGCUGCGGGAGGUGCCGACUCGGAUAGUAGUGACGAUGAGAAUCUGGCGCGACCUACUGGCGUGGCGGGCAAUGUUGGUAUGACGCCUACGACUGGCAUGCCUGCUGGUCUUCUCCCUGGUCUCGGACAAACGAACCCCAGCGAACCCAUGGCGGCUGUUGGGGGGACGCCAAAUAAUCUCGGCAAGAUCAAGAGCCAGAAGGCUCUUGCUGAUGCGGAUCCGCUUGGUGUGGACCAGAAUGUUGAUUUCAGUAAGGUCGGUGGGUUGGCGGGUCACAUUGACCAGCUUAAGGAAAUGGUUCAGAUGCCAUUGCUGUACCCGGAGCUGUUCCUUAAGUUCCACGUCACGCCUCCUCGAGGUGUGCUGUUCCACGGCCCUCCUGGUACGGGAAAAACGCUUCUUGCUCGAGCACUCGCGGCCAGUGUUGGGUCAGGGGGUCGCAAGAUCACUUUCUACAUGCGUAAAGGUGCUGAUGCACUGAGUAAGUGGGUCGGAGAGGCGGAGCGCCAGCUCAGGCUGUUGUUUGAGGAGGCGCGGAAGACACAACCUAGUAUCAUUUUCUUCGAUGAGAUUGAUGGUCUCGCGCCUGUGCGUUCAAGCAAGCAGGAGCAGAUCCACGCUUCCAUCGUUUCCACCCUGCUCGCGCUUAUGGACGGUAUGGAUGGUCGUGGACAAGUUAUCGUGAUUGGUGCGACCAACAGGCCUGAUAACAUCGAUCCUGCGCUGCGACGUCCGGGUCGUUUCGAUCGCGAGUUCUACUUCCCCCUACCGGAUAUCGAGGGGAGGCGCUCCAUUAUCGACAUCCACACCCGCGACUGGGGCGUGGAUGAUAAGUUCAAGGACAGCCUGUCGCACGUUACGAAGGGGUAUGGAGGUGCGGAUCUGCGCGCGCUCUGCACGGAGGCGGCGCUGAACGCGAUUCAGCGCACGUACCCGCAGAUCUACUCGUCGAAUGAUAAGUUGAUCGUUGACCCGGAUAAGAUCAAGAUCACGGCUAAGGACUUCAUGUUGUCGAUCAAGAAAAUGGUGCCUUCCUCCGAGCGUGCGACGUCGUCUGGCGCAGCGCCCUUACCGAAGGCUGUUGAGCCACUCCUGCGCGACCAGUUGAAGUCUAUUGAGGCGCUGCUGGAUGGGUUGAUUCCAAUCAAGAAGAAGACCACUGCGCUCCAGGAGGCACUGUACGAGCAGUAUGAGGACGCGGACGCGGGCUUUGGCCGAGAGACGCUAGCUCAGGACUUCGAGAAGGCGCGUGUAUUCCGCCCAAGACUGCUCAUCGGCGGAGAUCCUGGGAUGGGGCAGGGGUACCUUGGGUCUGCGCUUCUUAACCACUUUGAGGGUCUGCACGUCCAGAGUUUCGAUCUGCCGACUAUCUAUAGCGAUUCAGCGAGGUCGGCGGAGACGGCGAUCGUGCAGCUGUUUGCGGAGGUCAAGAGGCAUAAGCCGAGUGUGAUCUUCUUGCCGGGAGUGGAUACAUGGUAUCACACCCUCAGCGACUCGGCGAUCACCACUUUCCUGGGGCUGCUGAGGGGAAUCCCGCCCACGGAUCCGGUGCUGGUGCUUGGGAUAUGCGAUGCGGAGCCUGAUCAGGCGAGUCAGGAGAUGAUUCGGGAUUUGUUUGGGUUCACCAAGAAGAACCGCUUCUUAAUCACGAAGCCGACGAGGCACAAUCGCGAGGACUUCUUCAAGAACAUCAUCGACUACAUCAAGAAACAACCGACUGAUUUCCCUGAUCCUGUGAACCGCAAGCUGCGCAAGCUUGACACACUCGCUAUCGCGCCUCCGCCACCUCCCCGCGUCCCUACCAAGGAAGAGACGAAGGCGCUCAAGCAGCGCGACCGCCAGACCCUCAACACCCUCAAGGUGAUGAUCCAGCCUAUCAUGGACCAGAUCCAGAAGAAGUACCGCAAGUUCCGCAACCCUGCCGUCCCGCAAUCCGUCAUUCAGUACCUCUAUGACGAACAAGAUCCCAACUACGUACGACCGGACGUUGUGCAGUUCCGUCCGUACGAGCUUGACGUGGAUAAGGAAGGCGUGUCUGGGCUGAGGGAUAGUGCGACGGGGAAGUUCUUUUAUAACCUCGAGACGACGACUAUCGAGGAGAGGCUGUCCAACGGGUUCUACGCGCGUCCAAAGGACUUCGUAGCCGAUAUUCGCAGACUGGCGAAGGACAUGAAGAACACCGGCGACCAGGAGCGUGCGUUAAGAGGAAAGGAGCUGCUCGCGAACGUCGAGGUCGACCUCGCGCUCAUCGAGGCCAAUCCUGUCGUCGCAGACUGCGAAAACGUGUAUCAACGACAGCUCCAGCGCGUCAAGGAGAAGGCUGAGAAGCAUCGCAAGCGCGCUGAGGAGGAGGCCAUCCUCAUUGGCUCAGAUAUCCCCGCUGAAGGAUCAAGGGAGGAGCCCAUCGUCCUCGGGAUGCCAACGCCAAAAUCCCGCGCUCCAGGGUUGUUCAGCACGCCUACCUCCCUCUCCAACGGGACGGCUACGCACUCUUCCCUAUCAAGCGAGCAGCGUCUCAGCAACGGCUCGUCACUGCCAAGCACACGCCACAGCGGCGGCGACGACGUAGCCAUGGGCGGCACAGACGAGGCAUCCCAGCUCGACUCGCAAAACAUGCCCCCACCCCCCGCCACAACCGGCGGCUCCCUCUUCCGCUCCCGCACCUCCAUGCCCUCAGCACUAAACACGCAAGGAAGCCAAUUCAGCCAACGCUCCGCAUUCCAAUCCCUCCCCCACGACAUGUCCCCCACCGCCCUCUUCAACGACGCCUCGACCACCACCUCGGGACGCAAAACCGAGCAGUCCUCUGGUGACAAGAGUACGCAGCUUACGAACGGCCAUGGUGGGAGUCAGCAGUAUAGCCCGCAUCUUCAUGGUCAUGGUGACGGGGAUAGCCAGCUCCCUGAUACGCAGAGCCAGGAUUGGGUGCACAGCCAGGUUCAUGGAAGACCACCCACCGCGUCGUCGGCAUCGGUGUCGCACUCCACGUCGGCGCCGUCGCAACCUGGUGGUGCUAGCGCGCCUACGCCUGCUUACCCGAGCAUGCAUGCUGGUUCGGACCAGGAUCUAGCUAGCACGGCUGGGGAACCGAGUCAAGUGGUUAGCGUGGCGGCGAGUAGCCAGAAGGAGGUUAUCAUCGAUGAGGUGUACCUAGCGCAGCUUCUCGAGAUGUUUGUCAACAGGACAGAUGGGUGGGGUGUUGAGGAUCUGGAGAUGGCGUAUCGGGAGAUGAUGGAGUGUUUGUGGAAGGGACGGGGGGAGUGGAAUCGUAGCCGCGUUGGGGUGGAGGUCGCGGAUGUGUUUGGGGAGGUGGUGGGGGAGGUGGAGGGGAGGAUGUAA